AUGGGAACGCCAACGGUGAACGACCUUGACGGUCUGCUCUCCUCACUGAACCAGCUGAAAGCACCGGGAGCGUCCAAGAACAAGAUCGCCACCAUCACCACGCUCUGCGUGAACAACGUCCAGGUAUGUCGGUGUCAUCUCGUCGGAAAGCUUAAGGCUGCCUCCCUGCCGUCACCUGCAAGGACUGGCACUAAGCGUUGAUGAAACAACUACUGACCUUCUGAAUGGCAGACCGAAACGAACAUCGCACAGUCCUUCUAUCGUGCCCUUAAGAAAGCGCCCGCCACCCACAAAUUGGGUGCCCUAUACGUGAUUGACAGCGUAGUACGCCAGUGGAUCGAAAAGGCUCGCGCUUCUGGACAGGAUCUGCUCGUAGAAGGACGAGGCGAGCCAGGCACAUACCCAGCCGCUGUGAAGCGUGUCACCGAAUUGAUGCCCGCAUUGUUUGACGACAUCAUAAAGGGAAUUCCAGAGGACCAGAAGCCCAAACUCCAGAACAUUAUCACCAUUUGGGAGCGCGGCAACACUUUUCCAGCAAAGAUGCUGGCCGAGUUCAAGGCAAAGCUAGGUAUCGAAACCGGAAAUGGUGCAUCUGCGCCUGUAGCCCAGCAAAGCGGUAAGAUCAACUAUGGUGCCAAGUUUACGGCUCCCAUCCCAACGAGGAUACAUGCAACGCCUGUUGGAUAUCCACCGAGAUAUCUGUACGACCAAGGCUUUCUGCCAGGACGCGCUCCUCUGCCACAGGCCAACGGAAGCAUGCCGCAGCCCCAGCAGCCUGCCCAACCGCCGGUCACUUUCCCACCUCCACAACAAACUCAGGCGCAUGCACAGCCCGCACAGAAUGGACCACCCAGCGAUGUGAACAGUAUUCUGCUGGCUCUGUCACAAGCAGCACCUGCUGCACCACCGCCAUCCUUUCCUCAGUCUACUGCCCCCGCCCCUGUGCCCGCGUCAGCUCUACCAGCGGGUCUUCCACCUCAGCUUGCUGCUCUCUUUCAACAGCAGACUCUAGGGUCACCAGCGCAGCCUCAGUUCGCAUUCUCCGCUCCUCCUGCUCACUCGGUGCCCCCAAUGCCCACUCCGACGUAUCAAGCACAGUUCAAUGGAUAUCCUCCACAACAGCCGCCUUCCGUUCCACAGGUGUAUUCCCAUGCACCGCCUCCACAGCAAUCACAGCAGCCUCCGGCGGCAGAUCCGCUGGCACAACUUCGUGGCUUACUGCCAGAGAACAUUCUCAACGACCGGCAGAAGCUGAUCCCAGCACUUACGCUUUUGCAGGAAUUGCAGAAGGACGGCAUUCCUCCGGAGAAGUGGGGUCCGGUAUUGAAGGCCUUUGAAGAACAGUACCAGCCUGCACCAAAUGCGUACGGCGGACAAGGCGAUCAAGGGCGUGGUCGUGAUCGCAGCAGGAGCCCGGCGAGACCCAGCCAUGGCGGCAGAGGAAGUCCCGUCUACGGGCAAUAUGAUCCCAACACACGCACCACCCAACCUCCAGAUGCGCGUGAUAGCCGUGGCAACAACCAGCGUGGUCGCUAUCGGCAGCGAUCGCCAGCCCGGAACGAUCCCGGGGUCGCGGCAAUGAACGGCCGGCCAAUGCAGCCGAAGCUCAUCACUUACGACGACAGCCUACCUCCAGACAACAUCAAGGUGCUCUCCCGGACUCUGUUUGUUGGAGGCGCCAAUGGCACACAGCAGGAGAUUCAGGAUCUUUUCGAGCGCUUCGGCGAAGUGCAGACAUGCAUUGCCAACCGCGACAAGCGCCAUGCUUUUGUAAAGAUGACUACCCGGCAGCACGCUUUGGCUGCAAAAGCUGCCAUGGGGGAUCUACAGAACAGAAACGAUCGCGACACCAUGAGCAUUGCCCGACAGACGAAGUGGGGUGUAGGUUUUGGUCCACGAGAGUGCUGCGACUAUCAGCGAGGCGAGAGCGUCAUUCCGAUCUACAAGCUCACCGAGGCAGAUCUGAAGUGGCUUCAUACGGCAGAGUAUGGUGGUACCGGUGGACAGCAGCUGGAAGGCGGUAUGGUGUUGGAGGAACCAGAUAUCGAGAUUGGCGCUGGCGUCAGCAGCAAGGCUAUGAGUGCAAAGAUCGCCAACCCGGGUCAUGGACAUUCUCAGAAGCGCCAGCGCGAGGAUCGGGAGCACGGUGGGCGUCACAAGAAGAACAAGGGAGGCGACCAAGGCUAUGGAGGAGGAUAUAGUGGUGUUUCGGGAGGUCCGUCGCCAGCGGACUAUGGCUACCUGCCGACGCGGCCAGAGCCUGUCGCUGUUGCUACGCCACCGGCAGUACCUGGAUUCGGCUUCAACUUUGGUCUUCCUAACGGACAGAAUGGCUUUCAGUGA